CGUCUCAACUCUCCUCCUCCAUUCCAAGUCAACCACAACCUUCUGCAACCAUCUCCCCCUCUGGCCUCAACCACCAACCAACCGUGUCUCUCGAUCGCUAUUCUUCGCUGCUGAAGACCUGCUUCGUUGUCGACUUGCUGCUAUUAAAGAUUUAGACUGCCUUUGGACUUCUUCCGGCUACCCAGAACAGACUGCUCUGCACCCUAAUUUUCUAGCAACAAUUCCUUCGUCCACCGCCACCGUUAUAUCCACCAACGCUCCCGGAAAAAAAAAAAAAAAAAAAAAAAAAAAAAACCACAACUUGAAAACCUCCAGCUAGACUACGCUCCCGAUAGGGAUUUUCUCGUCGACUACAACCAUAUUUUUUUUUUUUUUUUAUUUUUUUAUCGCAAGGUCCAGAGAUUGCCAGAGCCUUUGCUGUUGUCGACACCGUGCCUGGAUUCUGCUGUGGUAAAACCCAGAUAGAGCCUCAUCCGUUGAUCUAACACACCAACGAACGGCCUUUCACUCAGCCCUUCGCUCCAUCAACAACCCUCUUCGACUGCAGCCCGCACCAUCCCCUCCGCCAUCGCAGAAUAAGUAUCUAGGCCGUUAAUCAGUAUCUGCGCGAGGAGUCUGGAUUGGAGGCACGUUGGCUCAGUCCUUCACGGCCGUAUUUUCUCCCUGCCAUAUUAGGUUUUCCCUCUUCAUAUCUAGGAUUGUGUGAACUUCCUCAAUACAUCCAAGCCUCCCGAAUUUCCCGCCUCCCUUUCCCCCCUCCUCCUCCGCCGCGACCCCCUUUCCUCGCAUUUUUCUCUCGCCGUUUCGUCCUCCUCGUUCCGCUUUUUCUGCAUCCGUUACGUUCUUUUCGGAUAACUUUCUUGCUAGCGGCAGCAAGACAUGGCUGACCUGAAUGAAAUCGAUCUCGAUUCCAUCAUCGACCGGCUGUUGGAGGUGAGGGGCAGUCGACCAGGAAAGCAAGUUCAAUUACUCGAGUCUGAGAUUCGCCAUCUCUGCACCAAGGCAAGAGAGAUCUUUAUCUCUCAGCCUAUACUUCUCGAGCUCGAAGCGCCAAUUAAGAUAUGUGGCGAUAUUCAUGGACAAUACUAUGAUCUCCUGCGUUUGUUUGAAUACGGCGGCUUCCCUCCCGAGGCUAACUACCUCUUCCUUGGAGACUAUGUAGAUAGAGGUAAGCAGUCGCUUGAGACAAUCUGUCUCCUGUUGGCGUACAAAAUCAAGUAUCCAGAGAAUUUUUUCAUCCUCCGCGGAAACCACGAGUGCGCGUCGAUCAACCGUAUCUACGGUUUCUACGAUGAGUGCAAACGGAGAUAUAACAUCAAGCUGUGGAAGACGUUUACCGACUGCUUCAACUGCUUGCCAAUUGCCGCUAUCAUUGACGAAAAAAUUUUCACCAUGCAUGGUGGUCUAAGUCCCGACUUAAACUCUAUGGAACAGAUCCGUCGUGUAAUGCGCCCUACUGAUAUUCCGGACUGCGGUCUACUCUGCGAUCUUCUGUGGUCCGAUCCAGACAAGGAUAUAACAGGGUGGAGCGAAAACGAUCGAGGCGUGUCAUUCACGUUCGGACCAGACGUUGUUUCACGAUUCCUACAAAAGCACGAUAUGGACCUUAUAUGUCGUGCACAUCAGGUUGUCGAGGAUGGCUAUGAAUUCUUCUCGAAACGGCAGCUGGUCACACUCUUUAGCGCACCCAACUAUUGCGGAGAGUUCGACAAUGCUGGAGCCAUGAUGAGCGUUGAUGAGAGCCUAUUAUGUUCAUUCCAGAUCCUGAAACCAGCCGAAAAAAAACAAAAGUACGUCUACGGUGGCAUGAGCAGUGGCAGACCCAUCACUCCUCCUAGGAAACAAAAGAAGAAGUGAUCAAGAAAUCAUACGAGCUUUCCCAUUUGUAGCAGGUUCGGGCGGAGAUAAAAACUCUAGUCAAAACUUCCGACCACGAUAUAUCAAAAACACGCACGUGCGCGAGAGAUAGAGAAAGAUAGAUGAUAAUCUUGGCGGGGGGGACGACAAAAAAACGAACCAGCCAACCCACCCUCACACCCAACCUCAACACACGACACACCGCGACACCAGUAAUAAUAGUAUCAGCUUGUAUGCGCCGCCGCCUUCCCUGCCACCUUUUUGUCUUUUCACCUCGAUUUUUUCUCCCUUCAUCGCCAGCUUAACCGACAUGGAACAGAGCAUUGGAACUUCGCAAGGGCCGUUUCCUUCCUUUUUUUCUUGUACGCUCCUACGGUUGUUUUUCUUUCUCUUUUAUCUUUCAGUAAUAGGUCUCGACUUAACUAUUCGGUACUUGCUUUUUCCCUUUUUUUAGUUAUUUUCAAUUACCUUUUUUCCUGCUCUCUGCGCAUUCUUUUUAAAACGUAUACUGUAGCUGAUAAUAAUCAAUGCUCCCGUCAAUCGUCGUCGUAGUCGUCUUGAGAAAGAAGAAUCUCCCUCGAUCUAGUCAUCCCGCCCCUCUUUCUUUUAUCAUCCCCCUCUCUGCUCUCUCUGGCCCCCUUCUCUCUUUCGGCCACGCACCCUCUUCUCUUUUCAGAUACGACUGUUCUCUAUUUGUUCCAUUUCUGCGUUUCCUGUUCACCUCUAUUUUUUCGUUUUCCCACGACAGAUAUAUAUAUAUAUAUAUAUGAAGAGAGAGAGAGUAAGAGAAAAGAGACGAGCAUGGCGGGUGAUCGUUGAUUUAGGUCGCAUUCCGUUUCCGUUUGACAGAGCAAAAAUUCUUAACAAAUGCUUUUUUUUUUAUUGUAUUCUUCUCUCUACGUUUCUCCUUGCUAUCUCUUGUUUCCUUUCCAUUUUCUCUUCCCAGAUCCGAUUAAGUUUUGUUUCCUUUUCCUUUUUCUUCUCUCCCUGCCUUUACCCCUGCCCCUCCUUAGGCAUCUACUGUAUUCCUGUAUUCCUGUAUUCCUCGCCCGUCACCCGUAGGAAGAUGCGCGAAACAUUAAAAAAAAAAAAGAACAAAAAGAAAAAAAAGAAAAAAAAAAGGAUUAUAAAAUUAAAAUCACUGUUAAGGUUUACUUGGGAGGGAUUGUGGAAUCUCUUUUUAUUUCCUUCCAAGGGGACAUGACGACAGGUAGAGCGGGCUUUGCAGUGUAGGACAUCGGGCUUCUCAAUUAGGUUGAAGGUAUCGUACUUAGGUAAAAGGCCGGGGGGGGGGAGGAGAUGAUAGUUAGACACAGCAUUCGUAUUCUCAGGGUUCAUGAAGUGUUUAUUUUUCUGGCUCAAGUGUCAAGUGGUCAUUUUCAGUGAGAUACUGUAGCUAGCAGCAGGCAAGCAAAAGAGCAGUUUUACAAGCUGAAUGAAAAACAUUGUAUAUAUGACAGUGAGCAGAGGGUUGCCCAUCGCAUUCGCCCAUUU